CUCUCAGCACCCUCCAACGGAUCAUAUUACUUCAUACAGAGGUUCGACCACAGUCGCUCGCUAACUGUUCACUAUGAAGUUCUCAAUGAUUCCUGUGGCCGGGGCCCUCUUCGUUGCCGGAGUGAACGCCAAGGUCUCCGGCUGCAUCGCCGUUGCUGUCAAGGCCAUCCCUAAUUGCGCCCAGACAUGCUUCAUCGACAACGCCCCGUCUAUCGGCUGUGAUGGCUUCGACUUUGCCUGUCAAUGUGAAAAGCAAGCUGCCUUCUUCGCCGCUAUCGAGUCCUGCGUUGCCGAUUCUUGCGAGACGUCUCAGUUCCAGCCCGUGAUCGAUGGUGCUGCCGAGGUCUGCGCCUGUGCUAUCCCCGGUAACUCACCUCAUACCGUCUCUGGGAGUGUCGUGCCUCCUAAAGGCACUGUGAGCAGCAUCGUUCCAUGCCCAACAACGAUCGGAUCCGUAAUCCCAUCUGGCAUCGCCUCGGCUUACCCCACCCUUUCCGAGGGUUACCCCAUCGCGUCUGAGAUGCCUGGUGCCUCGUCGACUAGUGCCAAACCUCCCGCCGCAACGGGUGGCGCCGGCCGCUCUGCCCAGAUCGGUCUCGGCGCCGGCAUUGCCGUCGCUUUUGCUCUUCUUUAAGUCCGGGAAUGGUUUGGGAAACUACGACGGAACGAUCAGUACCCGAUUGAGACGGGAAUAAACGAAAGUAAACGAGCAUGGAAAAAUGAAAAUGACCUGGAGCAUGAGACACACAAACAGAAUGACGACACCGUAACACUGAACAGCAAGGGAAUUCGACGACUCCGAUUCUGACAAUACCCAAGGAUAUCUAUGUACCCAACAAAAACAACAAUAACAACCUAAUUCCAACUUUCACUUCUCAAAGCCCGAUACCCAUUGCACGCAGUCUUACUCAGGGGUACAAUCGAGCUCUCAUCCUCGCUUUUGCUUUUGAGAGAAGGAGUUUUUGAGGGAUCUGAUCCACCUGGAUCAGGAAAGAAAACUGAGCGAGGACGGGCAAAUUUUCCACAAUUGCAGGGGUUGAUUCCACCAUAAUGAAUGGAUAUCUCUAAGUCUUGUCGUCGUCGUCGAAGGAGGAGGAAGAAUAUAAUCGGAAUAAACAUCAAGAAUAGCUAUAUUAUAUACUAUUGUCUAAUUUUCG